UGGCGAUUUCAGACUACCAUGGUGGCAUGGAGCGAAGCUGCAGCGUGCGCGCCGAACCCAAAGCAAGGUUCCCGCACCUUACUGAAGCCGCCCAGUGCCGAAGACGACAGGUGUGGAGCUCCGCCGGGCGCCUGCUACGCCGCCUCGAAGCUUCGAAGAUUGCCCUGCGACGAAGUCGCUUGGAGGAGGUGCAAAGCAUCCUGUACUUUGCGCAGCAGCGCUACGAGCAGGAGCCGGAGUUUUCAAAUGCAGCUUUGCUGGGCUGCCUGUGGUAUGUCCUCGCUAUUUUCCAGCAAGAUGCAGGUCGAUACGAGGACGCCUGUGCCCAUUUCGCGGCGGCACGGCCCUUGCUGCAACGCGCUGUUUGCAGAGACACAGCAUGGGAGGCGCUGCUGCAGCGUUUCCUCUUGGUGUGCCUUGUCUACGAGCAGCGUUUCGACGAUGCCUUGCAGCUGGGCAAGGCCUUCCUCCAGCGCGGACGGCCUGCUGCCCUGCUGCGCUUGGUCGGAGAAAUCCUCAACCAGCAGGGACUGCGAAUGGAGGCCUCGCCGGGCCAGGGACGGCCGAGCUUCGCUCGCGCCGCGCAGCUCUUUGCCGAGGCGGAAAAAGAAGUUGCAGGCCAUCCCCAUGCCUACAGCAGCUGGGCGCUGUCGCACAGCAUGCUGGGCGACCUGGCAGCGGCGGAGAAAGUGGCCAUGCAGGCCGUCGAGCGAUGCCCUACGCCCUUCUGGGUGCAUCCGCUGCAACGGCCCUCGCACUUCCUACCCCAGCUCUACUCCUCGCCCUGGCAUCGGGUGGAAGACUUUCCAUGGAUGAAGAAGUUGGAAGAUCAUUGGCAGGAGAUCCUCGCUGAACUACGACAGCUCGAUGCGGCAGACGCGGAACCCGCCGCGUCCGCGUGGCCGGAGGUCAGGGGACACGACCGAAGCCUGGCGGAGGGGACGGGCAUUUGGCGCGAGUUCCCUCUGCUGGGUUUGCAGGUGGACACUGAGAGCCGUUGCCCGCGCACCUGGCAGCUGCUAACGGAGGUUGAGGCUAUCGCCAGCCACUGGCGCCUCUGUCCCAACGAAGAGACAGCCCUCUUUUCCCGUUUGACGCCUGGGACGCGCCUCAAGCCGCACUGCGGGCCGACCAAUCUCCACCUUACCUGCCACCUGGGAUUGGAGGUGCCGACGGGCUGCCGUUUGCGCGUGGGCCGCAAGUGGCGCACCUGGCAGCCGGGGAAGUGUCUGGUCUUUGACGACUCCUACGAACACGAGGUGCAACAUCACGGCGACUCCACGCGUAUUGUGUUGCUGGUGCGUUUCUGGCACCCACAAGUGCCCUUGGAGCAGCGCGAAGCGCUCCUCGCACAGAGGCUGAAGCAACGGAAGCUCAAGGACUGGACGCUACUCUCCUGAGCCGAUGAUGAAGCAUCACAUGGAGGUGGAUGAUGGGAUCACCAUGGAUUUUACCAACUGGCGGAAAAAUUGGGCAAAUUGGCUGAAAACUGCACAUCGUUUCGCGAUGAAGAAGAUCGGGGAAAAAAAAACGCAGA